GACAGGGCAUUUCAACCUAACAUUCUGCGACACCUAAUACUUGUUAAAAUGUAUACCUCUAUAUGAAGGUCAGGCUCAGCUCAUCUCAAGCAAAUAGAAAGGCAUGGAGAUGAAUGGCUUGCACGCAGUGAUAGUACCUUACCCUGCGCAAGGCACUAUCAAUCCUCUCAUCAAUUUGGCUCACCUCCUCUCUUCAAGGGGGGUUUUCAUCACCUUCAUCAACACUGAGUGGAGUCACAGGUGCAUGUCCAAAGCAGCUGAUAAAGAUAAUGAUGAUCACAACUCCACCUCCACAUUCAGGUUUCUCAGCAUUCCAGAUGGGUUGCCGCCAGAUCAUAGUCGUCUCUCCAAUCUUGCCGAGUACAUAAUCGCGAUAGAAAAUCUUGGCCCAGUGUUGGAGCAUAAUCUGCAUGCGGCUUACCGGAGGGAACUCCUCCCAUCACUUGCAUUAUAACAGAAUCUUUUAUGUCUCGCACUCUUCAAGUAGCCAACAAAAUGGGAGUGCCCCGAGUGAUCUUCUGGCCAAUGUGCGCCGCCUCUUCUAUUGCUCAGUGCAACUCCAACAUUCUCCUCUCCCGUGGACAUAUUCCUGUCAAAGUCGAGGAAUCGAAGAGGGCGGACAAAGUGAUCACUUGCUUGCCCGGUGAUCUUCCGCCUCUGUUGCGGAGUGACCUGUGUUCCUUCUAUCGCACUACCGAUACAUCGGACGUUUACUUCCAGUGGUUUCUGCGUGAGUCUCAAUUCCAAAGUAAGGCAGACUAUGUGCUGGUCAACACGUUCGAUGAGCUGGAAGCCCCUCAAACUGUAAGCGCGCUGUCCUGUAAUGGCUGCCCUGCUUUGGCAGACCUGUAUUUCUUCCCAAUUUCCUGGAAGGAAAAGAUGUGAGCAAGCAAGCGAGUCUUUUGGAGUAGGAUGAGAGCUGUCUGAAAUGGCUGGACACCCAACAGCCAGAAUCUGUGAUCUAUGUUUCCUUCGGCAGCAUCGCCGUCUCAUCGAACGAGUAGCUGGAGGAGUUGGCAGUGGGGCUGGAGAAGAGCGAGCACCCUUUUCUGUGGGUUCUGCGAAUGGAUAUUGCGGGAGGUACGCCUGCAACUCUGCUGGAGGGUUUUGAAGAGAGGACACAGGAUCGGGGACUGAUUGUGAAAUGGGCGCCUCAGGUGAAGGUUUUGUCUCACACUUCCGUAGGAGGGUUUCUCACCCACUGGGGGUGGAACUCGAGUUUGGAGAGCAUGAGCAUGGGAAUUCCAAUGCUUGGAUGGCCCCAUUUCUCUGACCAGUUUCUGGACUGCCGCUUCUGCAAGGAUGUGUGGAAGAUUGGCAUUGAUUUGGAGGGCGUGGACGUUGGUGAAAAUGUGGUGGUUAGAAGGGAGGAGAUAGAGAAAGGCGUGAGGCGACUGUUGGAGGGUCCACAAGCGCAGGAGCUUAGAAAAAGGGGAAUGGAGUUGAAGGAGGCGGCAUUUAAAGCGGUUGGGGAGGGAGGUUCUUCCUUUCUCAAUUUGAACAGGUUUAUUCAAGACAUGAUGCAACUUCCAAAUCGAGAACUGUAGAAAUCCCCAAACCGUAAAACCAUUACAAGCUUAAGGGAUUGGAUCCAGUAAGAAGAAAACUAGAAAGAUUUCGACAUUUUUAUCAUCCAUUUCUCUAAUUAGCUUUAUCUGUUACUGAUGAAGACCCAAAGAUUGUUCAGAAAGCACCUAGAUCAAAUGAAAAAAGUCUGGGAUUUCGAAAUCGACUAUUUUUCACUGACCAGUAUUAAAUUUAUUUCAAAAAAUUAUUGGA